UUCGGCCACGUGGCUAAAACUUCCCCGCCCAUACAAUAAUUCCAUUUUUGCAUUUUGCAAGGCGGCGGCGUCGGCGGCACCAUGCUCGAGUACGACAACUCGGCGUUCUACUACUUUGGGAUCUCCCUCGGGUCGAUUUAUGUGAUUCCCAUGACAUACUUGAGCCUCAAGCGCAUCAUCUACGGCUUGUUCCUCAAGGACAAGGUCCUCGACUUGAACAACGUGCGGUGCGAUCGGGAACUCGCCAAGGUGCGCAAGCUCCAAGCAGAGAAAACGUCGCUCAAGAAUAUUUUCAACCCUGUGUUUGUUGCCAACUUGAUUAUCCUCGUCGUCAUGUGGUACGGGAUGUAUCAAAUGAUCAUGCUGGUCAAGGACGAUUCCGAGAUCAAGUCGUUUGACCCGUACUCUGUGUUGGAACUCGCUGUCGGAUCGACGGAAAAGGAAGUCAAGCGUGCGUACCGCCUCAUGAGUCUCAAGUACCACCCGGACAAGAACAUUGGCGAUCCUGUCGCGGAACAGAAAUUCGUCUUGGUCGCCAAGGCGUACCAGUCGUUGACUGACCCCGUUGCAAAGCGCAACUACGAACUGUACGGCAACCCCGACGGUCGCCAGUCCCUGCAGCUCAGUAUUGGUCUCCCCACGUUCUUGCUGGACAAGGAAAACCACUUGGCGAUCUUAACGAUCUACUUAAUUGUGCUCGUCGUUGCCAUCCCGUCCGUCGUCGCCAUGUGGUACUCCAAGUCGAAGCAAUACGGUGACAGCAUGAUCAUGUAUGAUUCGUACGGGUUUUUCAACUACGCAUUGAGCGAACAUGCACAUUUGAAGAUGAUGCCCGAGAUUUUGGCAGGCUCUGCGGAAUUCCGCGAUGUGCCGCUGCGCGAAUCGGACCAGGCAGAACUCGGUGCGAUCUACCGCGAUUUGAAGCAGGACCAAACAAUCGUCAAGGCUCGAUUCAACCACCCCGUGAUUGCCAAAGCCAACUUGCUCCUUCACGCGCAUUUGACGCGCAAGCCCCUUAGCCCUGCCCUCCGUGCGGACCUGAACUUUAUGUUGAAGAAGUCGAUCCACCUCAUUGACGGGAUUGUCGAGAUCUGUGUGUCGAAGGGAUGGCUGCAGACGAUCAUCAACGCGAUUGAGUUUGAACAACACAUUUCCCAGGCGUUGUGGGUCAAGGACUCGUCGCUGCUGCAGCUACCACAUUUUACCGAAGCUGAUGUGAAGGCAGCGAUUGUCGGAAAGAACGCAGUGCGGUCGCUGGCGCAGUUUAUCGACUUGUCAGUGGAAGACCGUAAGGGUAUGGCAAAGAUGACGGACGAUGAAAAGGCUGAAGUGAACCGUGUGUGCGACACGAUUCUGCCCAACAUUGACGUCGAGUUGUCGGUGGAAGUCGAAGAUGAAGACGUGAUUGCGGAAGGCGACAUCUUGACGGUCACGGUCCGCAUCACACGCAAGAACGUUCCGGAAGGCGACACGAUCGACUUGGUGUACGCGCCAAGCUUUCCGUUCCCCAAGUCGGAGCGGUGGUUCGUUUUGGUCGGGGAUGUCCGCAUGAACCACCUGCACGCAUUUGCCAAGGUGACGUCGCAGGAGCGUGUCGUGGAAGAGAAGCUCCGAUUGCAGGCACCCCCCAAGGCCGGCACGUACCAGUUGGAUGUGUGGAUCAAGUCGGACUCGUACUUGGGUCUGGACCAGCGCAAGGCCGUCCGGUUCACGGUCGUCGCGGCGUCGGACCUCCCCGCGUUCCAGCCUCACCCUGAAGACGUCGAACUCGACAACGACCCGACGCUGUUUGAACAAGUCAUGUCGUUGCAGCACGAAGACAGCGACAGCGACGACGACGAUGAAGACAAAAAGUCCAAGUAGAGGGUUUUCUCGACCACGACACGUUUAUAUACUAGUUGGAAAAGUGACGAUGCGUUUGUCUGAUGUGCCCAUGUCCUGUGCGUGGUCCUGUUGGAGAGAUCUCGCCAGCAUCCUGUCGCUCGCAGCGUCUGCCAGGCUUCACGCGCAGCGGCACGCGUGCUCGCUGGAACGGAGGCCGCGCCAUGGCACACAGCGUCGUCAUUCUCCACUCGAAAUUUGCCGCGUCCUCGUUGCCACCAUCAUCUUUCUUCAGCUGAAACUUGA